UGCAAAAUUCUACCCGAUCGGAGUGCAUCCUAAUUACGCUCUUGCCCGAGAUAAUACACAAAAUUAUGGAAUUUCUGCCCACUCCCGACUUGGAGACGAUCUCUCUCGUCAACUCCACCUGGAGGAGGAAGCUCUCAGACAUCUCCUGAUACGAAAUCCGAUCGAUGUCCACCUCUGUAAAAUGACCGAGUCCAAAGACCUUGACCCCCUUAGGGACCUGUCCCCUAGCCACCUCAACAUCAUAAGCUGUCCCCUCAAGGAGAAUUUAGCCUCAAAAAUUGACCUAUUUUUUGCCAGUAAUUUCACCACCGUGGAAAAAUUAUGUCUCAAUAUCCCCCUCGAUAAUUCCUCCCGCCACCUGGCGUCUUGUUCGGUCAAGAUUUAUGAAUCCUUCAGAAAUUUGAUAUCUCUCGAAUUUCAAUUCGUCUUAACCAAUCGGAAAGAAUUAUUUUCUUCGGAUCAGAAUUGGACCGAUCUUCUGCCUACCGGGUCUCAUAUGCCCCGAAAACUGACCAAUUUGACCCUGAACAUGUCCGAACUCUGUCUCGAUACGCGAGACAUUCUUCGGUGGACUACUACCGUUGCCUUGCUGACCACCCGAUUUCUAACGGAAUUCAACCACCUGCACCGUCUCAAACUGAUCGACACUCCGGGCGGGUUAAUUCAAGAACAAAAUUGUCUCAAUUUACCCCACCUCAAAUCACUCUCCGUCCUAAGAACGUUCCAGGUCACGGAAAAUCUCACCAGAUACAAAAUGAGCCAAAAGUGCAAGUCUUUUUCGCAUCGAUUUCACCAAAUUGCACAUAAAAAAUUACAAAUUCAGUUUUGGGUGGGGGGAUUAAUAUAGCAUAGCUGUUUUUGAAUUAUAUUCAACCACACCCCCUUCAAAAAUUGGGGAAGAAAAUUGGGAAAAAUGAGAAGGUCAAUGUACACUCGGUACAGAAAGAAGUAGAUACCAACUUGCAUUUGACAUUUGACUUCCCUCAUGAAUAUGAACAUUUUGAUGCAUCAAGACUUUCAAAAUUCGAAAAUUGGCGGUUUUUCGACCUACAUAUAAAUCGUUAAAAAAGUGACCUU